UGCUAAGCGUGAACCUGUCCUCCAAUCAGAGCGCGAGUACGUUGAAAACAAAGAGACCGACAUUCAACGCCACUGUCAUUCAGUGAUGUGGUACGGGGCGACUUUCGGGAGGUUUGCAAUAGAAAGUCCUAUUAGUAAGUAAUAUAGAAUAGUACGGCCAAAAUUAUUAUUUUUAAUGCAACUCGUAAGAGUCGGAAGCAUUGAAAAUGCUGAGUUAAUGAUUUAUAAUAUAUAUAAUAGUUUUUUAUUAAUCGUGCUUUAGCCAUCCGUGCCUUGGAAUUCCUUCACAAUCCCGGCACAUUCAAUACCUAUAAAUCGUAUUUACUUGCCCAUUCUCUUUACUCCGGAGGCCAUCAAAUGCGGUUGGUGGCAGUGUGUACCAACUGCGCAUGCGCUAGUGUGCGCGCGCCGCACUGCUCGAAGCGCGGUCGGAGUUUUGUACGGGCGCUUACGUCUUGCGGCUUUUUCACUUCCAGUCGAAAUGGCGCUGGAACUGGUUGCUGUAGCAGCGACGCUGGUGGCUCUGGGUUUGGUAGCUGUCUACAAGUACUUAACGUCCCCUUUCAGCUAUUUUGAGAAGCAGGGUGUGUCUGGUCCCAAACCUACUAUUUUCUUCGGCUCGUGGUCGGGGGCAUGGAACAAGUUCCUGGGGGAUGAAGAUAUGAAGAAUGUUAAGGAGUAUGGGAAAGUGUAUGGGACCUACGAUGGACGAACACCCAACUUGAUAGUGUCAGACCCAGACCUGAUAAAAGUGGUGCUUGUGGAGCAGGCUUCGAACUUCAGAGAUUACAGGUCAUCGUGUGUGAAGCACAAUCUGCUCCACAAUGCAUUGCUGGCAGUUUCCGACAGCCAACCUCCAGAAGUGAAGGAUGUCUUGGCUACAAUCUCUAGCAAGGACUUCUUCAGUAAGGUGUCUCCACACAUUGUGGAGGCGGCCAGCAACUUAACACAAAGUGUGCGAAAGUUGGCUGAAGGAGGACAGCAGGUGGAAAUAAGCAAGGAGGUGACCUCGUUUGUGGGAUCCGCACUGGCUCGGUCCAUUCUCGGCCUGCCUGAGACGGACAGCCAGUUCCUGGAGGCUUGUGCUGCAGCGUUUCACGUUGACCGCCCCAACUCCAUGGUUGCAGUUAUCCCUUUCAUCUACCCCAAGCUCAGCCCUCUAGAUGAAUUUAUCCUGAAGAAGAAGGCAUUAAGUUAUUUGACAUCAAAAAUACAGCAAGUGUUAACAGAGAAGAAAAAGGCUGAAGUUGGAGAGAAGAAAGGCACAGAUGCUCUUGAUGUGCUUCUGAAAGUGGCCAGUGAAGUGACGAAGGUGGACGAUGACGUUACAGAGAAGGUGGUACGCUUGUCCGAUGAGCAAAUAGUUUCACAGGCUUUGGGGUUCAUAUUGAACUCAUCCCUUGUAACGAGAAAGUUAGUAGCAGAGGCGGUGUACGUGCUCGCAAGCAAGCCAGAGUUACAAGACAAACUGCAUGUUGAAUUAGUCAAGCACACAAUGGACAAGCCGUCGUACGAGGGCCUGGAAGGGGCGGAGCUGCUGGACACGCUGGUGGGGGACCUCCUGCGGCUGUACCCCUCGGAGUUCCGGCUGGUGCGGCAGUGUGCGUCGGAGGUGCAGCUGGGCAGCGUCAAGCUGGGCGAAGGCCACCUGGUCUCCGUGCCGGUGUUCGCAGUGCACCGCCAGGACGAGUACUUCCCCAAGGCAGACACCCUCAACCCGACCAGGUUGUCGCGUGGCAGCAGUGAAAAGCUGGUGGACUACACGUUCCUGCCGUUUGGCCAGGCUGGGUUUGAAGGAAAGAGCCUUGUUACGCAGUAUGGCGUUCUGGCCGCUAAGCUGGCGAUAGCCGUUCUUGUGAAGACCUUAAAGUUUUCUGCCAAUGAUGAGACAAAGGAGCAGCUGGAGUUCCAGAAAGGUGUCACAGGGGUACCUUGCCUGAAGCCCAUCUCGGUCUCUGCGGAGCCCCGCAAGUGAUGCGCAGCUAUGUGAACACGUUGCUAACAAAUUUUGUGUACUGGGCUUGUGCAUUUAUCACAUUCUCUAUUUAUUGUGAUCGUCAUAUACAGACUGACUCUCUACUAAUAAGUUGUCAUUAUCUUUGCUAAUCUUAAAUGUUAUACUUAAUAAUCUCUGUGAUGUCUAGUAAAUUCUUCUGUCUUGGGAAACAAUGUUUUUCAGCUAAAAUAUUUGUCAGUUAUGUUCUAAAUACUUUGAAAAAUUAAGGCAAGUUUGAAUAUGUGAAAAUUUAAUCAUCCUUUAGUUUGCAUGUUCUAAAGAAAUUAUUUAUUUGCAAGUAGCUUUUAUUUUUAUUUUUACUCAUGAUUUAAAAAGUUGCACAUAGUGCCUUCUUGUAUGUGAGCAUUUAUUUAUAAAAUUAAAACUUUUCUGUUACUGCAUAUCUUUUUUUAUAAUAGUUUUAAGAAAAUUGUCAAGUGUAACCGAAAAAUAAAGUGUGUUUGUACAUUGGUAUACUUUUUUUUUAGUUUUAAAUAUGGAAAGUGCACACCUGUAGUCUAUAAAAUAAGUAAAUCAAUUUUAAUUUUUUUUACAUAUAUUAAAUACACAGGAGUACACAUAAUUUAUAAUAUGCAGUGAAAUGGUGCAUCAUACAAACAGAGGCAGCUGCGUACUUGUUGGGGACCAGACUUACAGUGCUCGCAGGAGGAGUGAUGUCAGUCAUCUUAGAUAUAAUGAACCCUGAGCUCUUCUUCAUAUUAACGUAAUGAUAUAUUAAGAGGCUAUUAUUAUUGUUUACAUUUUAUACAGGAGGGGUUCCUUUUUGCCAAAUGUCCUAGCUGAACCAAACAUUAAAAUUAUGGUCACACACUGUGUACUAUAAACACAAUGCAAUUAACACUCAAAUAUGCCAUUUCUCUUCAAAUAAUUAAUUUAAAGACCUUAUUUUGACUUGCUAUGCAGAAUUACACCUACAGUUAUCUUCUGAUCUUCAAGCUGACUAGCUUUCGUUAAAGAGUUUUGGUUUAUUUUUUUAACUUUUUUAGUUGAGAACAUUGGUGGAGAAAUUUUUUUAUUGGCUGGGCUGUCAUCCAAAGGGCAGUGAAAGUGCUAAUUGGUUUCACGGUUUUCUUGAACAGCCAACAUUGUUGUGCGCAAAGGCACGAGCUGUUUUUCUAGAGCCUGUAGCUCAUCUUAACUACGGGCUAAUUGUAUUGUUUCCGAGGUCUUUGCAAUCAGACGUUUUUCUUGGCAUCCAGACUGAUAUUAAAUUCUAAUUUUUUUUAUACAAUUCUACAGUAAUCAUUUUUGCCUCUCCGACUGAAUUUCCGUUGGUGUCAAUAACAAGUUCAUAAUUUGCGUCUUGUUUGCAAAUAAUUGGCUAAACACACUUGUUAUAUGACAAACUUGAUGAAUGUGCUUGCACAUGUACUUGAUGGCAGAGUCCAAGCAGCUACAUGCGUAGAGAUUCUACACAAUUAAUUUUGCAGUCACAUGAUUUCUUCUCUUUGCGUACCUCGUAAAUUUCCUUUACUGCUGACGACUAUUAAACUUGCCAACAGCCAUUGUGCUCUGUAACAUCUAUUUCGUUCAAUUAUAAGCUAGCCUUAUGUGAUUUUGAUGUGUCUAAUGGAACUCAUAGCGUGAAUUGUUUUGUCCAAAUGGUUUACAUUAUUUCUGUGCAAAAAAUGAAAAUACAUUAAAGUUUUGUGCAUAUGUACUUUGAAGAUGCAUGUUUGUGUUUCAUCCACAGUGUAUUCGAAAACAAUAUGCCCACAUUUCUUUGCAUGGUACAUAGUGUGUGCUAAAAUAUGUUCCAAAUUCGAUGGUUUCCUCAUCCUCGCACAUAAUUUUGACACCAGACUAAUAACAAAGAAAAUGUUUCGAGGUCCCGUUUUUCCAGAGUAGUUAUCAGCUUGUAAAUUUCUGUUUGCUUGGCUUUAGUUUUUAUUUAAUUAGGUUUAUUUCCAUGCAUAGGCGUGCCUACAGGGGGCCAGGUGGGCCAUGGCCCCCCCUAAUGUAAUCACUCAGAUCGGCAUUUUCUCUAAUGCGUUCAUUAAUAUUCGUAUAUUCCUGGCACUGACACUCAAACUGUUUUUCAGUGUUGCAGCGUGCUAAUUAACAAAAUUUUUAAACUUUUAUCGUUCUGGAAAUACAGCCGCCUUAGUUUAUAUAAAACACGAGGUCCCUUAAAAUGGCCAAGCAAAAAAAAAAAUAAUUUAAGAGGUUUGUUAAAGUUCUGUUGUCUGAAUUGUUGUGUUUGCAUUCACAAAAAAGAAGUUCAUUUCAAGGUAGAUCUGUACCAAGCUAUUGGAAAAUUCGAGGGGGAUAAAUGUGUAAGUAGUACCCUUUAAACAUAGUCUAUGGAAAAAAAAAAAACAUAUUUUCAAGAUUGUUAAAAUUAUACGGAUAUAAAUAUUAACUAGUAAACAUAUCUCGUUGAUACUGCACAAAAAUAUAAACACUGAAAUUAGUGAAUGUAUUUAGGCUAUUUAACAUUCUAAAUUCAGCUUCUGAUUUAAAAAUUUAGCAGGCCCCCCCCUAAUGGAAAUGUCUGGGCAUGCCUAUGUUUCCAUGCCCUAUUUACAUGCCCGGUACAAAAUAAUCGCUUAUUUGGUGCACUCAUAAAAAACCCAAUCAUUGAAAAAGAACUCUUGACAGUCAAAAAAAAAAAACUAAGGGUAAUUUAAUUGGAUAGUAUGUGUUCAUCUGACCUGUAAAAAAUUAAAAAAAAAAAA